CCUGGCUUCAAAAGUAGUUUCAAAGGCCUGACAGAUCUAGACUCCUAUUUCCCCUCGAUCCCAAACCCCGAACUUCUCUUUUCACUAUUCUUGUAUUUGCUUCCUUUCCUAUGUCUGUUUGAUCUUUCUUCAAUUUUCGAAAUUCAAAUGUCGAAAAUGUAUUUUCAAAUCCCCAUAAUCCUCUGGGGUCUCUCUCGUUUAGUAUCCGGCGUUGCAUUCAUUAAUCCCCCCGACGGAGCAACACAACAAGCACAAGACUACAGCUCAAACGCUGCUCACAAAGUCGGCUCUUCACUGAAGAUAGAAUGGUCUCUGCAGUCAGCAGAACAAGAUAAACCAUUGACCUUGGUAAUGUGGGAAGAUGUCGCAAACACCUACCCCGAAUAUAUUUCUCAGGACAUAGCAGCGAACACCACAACCUUUGACUGGACCGUAGCAACAAACAAAACUUUCUCCACGACACAAGCCUUUUUCUUCGAUCUUUAUUUCUCACCAGCAACUAUCUCGAGCGGAGUCAAUAACGAAGUAGCUAUAAGCCAUUACUUCAACAUCACAACUUCCGCUUCUUCUACAUCUUCCUCCACCUCCUCUACAUCCACUCCCACAUCAACCUCUACACCAUCAUCAUCCUCUUCAUCAUCCUCCUCCUCGAGCCUAAGCACUGGCGCAAAAAUUGGUAUCGGAGCCGGUAUCGGCGUUGUUGCGAUAGCAGCCCUAGCUGUAGCCUUCCUCAUCUUCAGACAUCGAAGACAAAAGAAGAAUGCGAACCUUGGAAUCGCAACAGAUGCUUUCCCAGCAGCCGAGAAAGCCCCGCCGGGGUACAAAGAGCAUCACGAUGAAGAAACCGGCUUUGUUGUGCCAGGAGGGGUAUCGGAAUUAGCGGGCGGUGGAUACAAACCUGUUGGUGUGGCGCCGGAAGGAGGAGCCUCGGAGUUGGAUGGGGAAGCGAAUGCGGGGCUUGAUAGGAGGGAGGGGAUUGAGGGGCGGUAUGAGAUGGGAGGUUGA